UUUUUUAAAUUUCUACUAACGAGAUAGGGUAAAGCAAUAAUAGAUAACCUUUGACCAAAGGUUGUCGACAUAAUAAUUUUACUGCCACAAAUUGAAAAAAAUGUGUCUAUUAACAACUGUAGUUGUCGAACUUUAAAAAUUGUUUAAAACGCUCGUUUGCAGAAGAUCUUGUACAAUGAUUCACGCAAUAAUAUUAGUGCGCAAUUAAGGGUUACGUUCUGUGCCGAGCAAAUUGAAAUGUACACGGUAAUUGCGUUCGUUAUUGCAAUUUUAAUUAGUACCAACAGCGCUACACUUAAUAAAGUGAAAACGGACAAGUUUGAUAGCUACAGCGUAUUUUUAAAUUAUGGCGGCCAAAAGGUUUCCAAAUUGGUCAAGGGUAAUUUAGAAAACGCAGUGAUUAAGUCAAAAGUUGAAGUGCUGGGUGAGGUAUUCAAGAAACAUAUAGACUCAAUUAAAGUUUGGCCCAAAUUGGAUAUAGUAUUUUUGAUAGAUGCUUCUUCAAGUGUUGGCGAGGAUAAUUUUAAAAGUGAACUGAAAUUUGUUAAGAAAUUACUUAGCGAUGUUGUUGUUGAUUUUGAUCAUUCCCGUAUCUCUGUGGUUACUUUUAGUUCUAAAGACAGUGUGAUAACAAAUAUUGAUGGAAUAAGUAAACCUGGUAAGCGAAACAACAAAUGUUUAUUGCUGAAUAAAGAACUGAGCAACAUCAGGUACAUCGGUGGAGGUACCUACACAGUUGGAGCGUUUGGAGCCGCAAAAGAUAUAUUUCAACACAGCCGCAAUGAUACCAAAAAGAUUUUAUUUUUGAUAACCGAUGGUUACUCGAACGGAGGGGAUCCUGUGCCUCUAUCAAUCGAAUUAAAAAAACAGGGUGUUACCGUUUUUACCAUUGGGAUCCGGAAUGGAAACUACAAAGAGCUGUAUAUGUUAUCGUCGUCGCCAGGAGAAUACUACAGCUACCUGUUGGACAGUUUUGAAGAGUUCGAAAGCUUGGCUCGUAGAGCUUUGCACGUUGACAUAAAGGACGGAGACUAUUUAUCUCUGGGCAGCAGUGCACCUUGUAACAAACUGUGCGCUACCGGUAACUGUUGCGAUGAUAACGCGGUCUGCACGUGCGGAACAUCUACUGGGCACUAUACCUGCUUGUGUAAUCCUGGGUAUUACGGGUCGGGUUUAAGAAACUCGUGCUUUGCAUGCCCUUCGGGAUCUUUUGCUGAUGGACCCAACAGUUGCCUGCCGUGUCCGGACGUUCACCACGUUACCACCCCUCCAGCGCUUGGUAUUAAAAGUUGUCAGUGUAAAACGGGAUAUAGGGCAACUGAUCGGAAUGGUUGUGAAACAAUCAAGUGUCCAAAGCUGUCUCCACCUGAGCACGGAUACUUCGUUCGGAAGAAGGAUUGUGGAAACGUAUUAAACAACGCGUGUGGUGUGCGCUGUGAGGUCGGCUAUACUUUAAUUGGUAGCAGCAUUCGAUUGUGCCAACUUAGUGGUACUUGGAGCGGUGAUCCACCUUCAUGCCAAGUAAAAACAUGUAGUGCCCUUUCGGCACCCAGUCACGGUUUUAUCUCGUGCGAGCACAAUGAUUUGGGAAUAAAAUACAAUCGGACCGACGAGCCACUUCCUGUUGAUACUGUAUGCGAAUUUAAGUGUGAAAAUGGACGGACAGUGGUUGGUUCCUCACAACGAACGUGUCUACCGUUGGCUCAAUGGGAUGGCUUGAAAGUAUCUUGUAAAUUGAUAAAGUGCAACAAGCUCUCCAACAUACCUUUUGGAACGAUUGAACCAAAGUCGUGCACUACUGCUAAACAGUCAUUUGGUAAAAAGUGUACCUACACCUGUCAGGAAGGAUUCAAAAUAAGCGGACCUUCAGAACGGAUUUGCACAGGUAGGCAUGGAAUUUGGAGCAAUAAGUCGAAACAGAGCUACUGUGAGGACGUUACCCCACCUACGUUAGAAUGCCCUCCCGAUAUUGUCGGGCAUACGAGUUUGGAUAAAAAAUUUGGUACAGUUACCUGGAAUGCACCCAACGUGACAGAUAACUCUGCCCUGAACGUAAGUGUUUGGUUAAAACCUGCAAUUAAAAACAUCUCCGCGUUCAAAUUCAAAAUCGGAAGGACGAUGGUAACGUACUUUGCUCAAGAUAUUGCCCAAAACACCGCGCAAUGUAGUUUUACAGUGGAAAUUCAAGACAUCCAACCGCCAUCGAUCGAAGAUUGUGUGGACCCAAUCCCAUUUCUGUCUUCAGACACUGAUGGUGCAAAUAUUACUUGGGAUGAGCCAAUGAUCUUCGACAAUUCAGGGUUUGUUACGAUCGCCCAAUCACACGAAUUUGGCUUUUUCAACGUUGGUACGACAUCAGUAAAGUACACGGCGACAGACGGUUCAGGAAACGUUAACACUUGCACAUUGAAUAUCACGAUUAUAGAAUCGCAAUGCUCGCCUUUGCCUGACCCAAUUUUUGGAAGAAGCGAGUGUGUCUCUCUAAACAGUAGCAUCCAGUGCGUGGUCACCUGCCAAGACGGUUAUGCUAUUCCAAUUGCGUCCCCCGGUGAUGUGUUGGAUGUCGACAGCAGCGGAUCGCAAUUUUUUUGUGAUAACUCGGACGCAAUUUGGUAUUCCAAAGAAAAUAGCGCAUUUCCUGAUUGUACAAUAACUCAAUUACCAGUGGAAACGACUCAAAACGGUACAGUCACAUUCCUAAAAGAGAGCGAGGAGGAUAUCUGCAGCAACUCCAGCGCUUUAACUGAGAUUGCAAAUGACUUAUCCGUUACGUUAGGCAUUAAUAUUCAAGAGACGUGCACAACAGGCAUUUCUUGCAAAAUUAAUACAAGCGUUGUUUGCGAAAGCCUCGAAGAAUCGGAUUAUGAAGAGAAGACCAACAUUAUCAAACGAGAAACCUUGGGCAAGCCCACCAAGAGAAAGAGGCACAAAAAACAACGCGUGAAGAUCAAUUUUGAAAUUACGGCUAGUAUCUCGGACACUGUUAACGCGACUACAUUUCGAGAGCUUCCAAAAUUAGACAAAAUUCGCUUACCGGACAACACUACGGUUAAUGUCGCGAUUGAUCACAGUGAUUUCAGGUGUCCUUCGGGACAUGUACGUAGAAAAAUGCGUUGCGUACAGUGCCCAAAAGGUACUUUUCACAACGUUAGCACUGGAACCUGUCACAGUUGCCCCAUAGGUUUUUACAGUGAUAAACCUGGACAAAGUAGUUGUACCAUUUGUCCGGUGAACCAUUCGACUAAAAGACUGCAUUCCAAGUCAAUUAGUGCAUGCAUAGCGCACUGCCCGCCCGGAACGCAUAGUCGCAGAAGAAUUUUGAAACCUACAAAGCAUCAUCCAAACACAACCAUUACCCACAUGACGCUUAGGCCUCACUGCCGUUCCUGCUCUAUUGGGCAUUAUCAAGCUAACUAUGGGCAGUUAUCAUGCCGCGCCUGUCCAGAUGGAUACACGACGCCAUCGCAUAAAUCAACGUCGUUGGAGGAGUGCAUUUUGGCGGAAACGCACAUCUGUAACUCUUCGAGCGUGUGCAACACCGGCAAGUGUGUUGAAGAGGAUUCUUUUUAUUACAGCUGUUCGUGUGACAACCAAUACAUAGGUUCCCACUGUGAAACCAAGGUUUCAAAGUGCGCGUCGAACCCUUGCUUGAAUGACGGAAUUUGCACACCAACGUCCGAAGAUGCUUUUAAUUGUCAGUGCAAAGAAGGGUAUUCUGGUGAAAUAUGCGAGGAAGUUGAAGACAGAUGCUCGAAGAACUGCCUCAACGGUGGAAAGUGCGACAAAAAUGAUGACGAUGUCGAAAUGUGCGUUUGUUUGGAAGGAUUCGCCGGAUCAUUCUGCGAAACAAAGUGGAGCUAUUGUUCUACUGGUAUUUGCGAGCAUGGAACCUGUCGUGAGGAUACGCAAGGGUAUCGUUGUCUAUGUAGAGACGGAUACAUGGGGAAACGGUGCAAUAUUUUACCGUGCGAUUAUAAGCCGUGCGCAAAUCACUCCGUAUGCAUGAACUUAAAUGUUGCAAACGCUACACGGGCUAGUUAUCGAUGCGAAUGCCCAAAGAAUUACGAAGGCCCAACUUGCUCAACUCUCAUAAACUACUGCGCAAGCAACCACUGUUUAAAUAACGGAAAGUGCACCAAUAGCGAGGAGGGUCCCUUUUGCAACUGCCCAAAACCAUACUAUGGCAGCAACUGCCAGCAAAAACGGAAUAGCGACUAUAUUCUAAGAUUUCCAAGAUCAGGCACAACUGAUUUUGUUAAACUGAAUGGAUUCGAACAAAAUCUCACAGAGAUCUCCACUUGCCUUUGGAUGGUCACCAGAGACAACUUUAAUUACGGCACAUUAUUAUCGUAUGCUACUUACGAAUUCGACAACACGUUCACACUAACGGAUUACACAGGGAUGGUGGUGUACAUUAAUGGUGAUCACAGAAUCACAGAUGUUUAUUUGAACGAUGGUCUUUGGCACUUUUUCUGUCUGACAUGGGCUAGCAGAGAGGGUUCCUAUAAGAUGUAUGUCGACGGAAGUCUCGUACAGAGCGGACACGGGCUAGCCAAUAACACCUACAUUCAAGGUGCGUCAUUUUGCUCGUCUACUAAAUAUAAUAAUUUUAUUAGUAGUAUGUAA